AUGUCACGUCAUGAAUCAAUCUCACCAUGGAUACGCAAUAUAUUUUCAAAUGCUGCACCUAACAUUCAAAUUAAUGGAAGUGAUUUUGAUCCUGAAAAUCAAGAAUAUUCAGAUACAGAAUCAUUCAAUGACAAUCUCUUCCAGAAUGUUCAAAGUUUUCAAGCACAAGUUGAGAAUAAGAUUUUAAACAUUGUUGAACGACGAAAAAAUAUUCCUGGAAAUUCAGAUAAUUUGUCUGUUCCCAAAAAUUUAGCAAAACUUGUACAUGCAGAAGAUAAAAUGUUUCUUGAAUAA